ACGGACAGGCCUAAAGUGCAGUGCAUCUGCUCUUUCAGCAUGACUGUUGGCGUUGCGGCAGAAAAUUGUGAAUUGUUUUCGACCUCCAAACUCUCCUGUCACGAAUUCCUUGGCCCCAGUAUUUCACAUGUAUUAUUUCGACAUAGUUAGAAGAUGGACAGCCGCCAGAUAGGGUUGGCCGACAGCUGCGUUGUCCGUGUGCACUCUCACAAGUCUUUCCGUCCAGGCAACACUACGAGCCAAUCGGAGUACAGCUGUAGUGGUGUUGUCAUUGACCCUCAGAACGGACUGGUUUUGACUAGCGGUCAAGUGUUUUCAGAGGUUGUGAACCAGGGAUCUAGGGGGCCAAUUUUGUCUUCAAGACGCAGAGGAAGUUAUGUAUACUUCACAGCGAAAGAAUUGAAGAAGAAUGUCUGCAUUGAUGUCAUCCUAUCUCAACCAGUCCAACCUCAUCUUGCGCUUUUGCCUGCUUCCUCGUCGACUAAACGCAUCCCUUCAUCUAGUCACAAUCAUUCCAACUUGGGCACAAGAACCAAACGGGCCGAGCUGGUCUUAAUGUGGAAGUGCCAGGAGUUUGACAACGUCCUUCAAACCAUCGUUCCGGAGAAAGACGGCUGGAAGUUUACGGACAGCGGAGAAAGCGACGGCGCGAGAACCAACCAAUCGGGUGACUCGAAUUUGCGGUCGGAUCCGGAGACGGAUUCGGCAGUUGGUCAGUGCGUGGAGCCCUGUGGGUUGAGCUCGGUCUCCAAGAAUUUGCCCGGGGAGAAUUUCAUCAGUUGGUUUGCUCUGCUGAAGGUGGGCAACGACUGUAAUGAUUCCGGUCGGCUUGGUCACGCUUUGAAUGCCAUCAGGCCCUCCACACUUCAAGAUAGUUUUCUUCAGCAAGGAGACCCCAUCUGUCUGCAGACGACCCCAUUUGGUGCCACGUGUCCCGCCGUGUUUCUCAACAGUAUCAGUAAGGGGAUUGUCAGUAAUCUGGCAGGCCCGCGGCACCAGCUCGUCAUGACAGAUGCACGGUGCAUCCCGGGCUCUGAGGGAGGAGGCAUGUAUGCGACAAGACGCGGAAAAAACAAUCGCCAAGAAAGUGUGCUUGCUGGUGUCAUAGUUGCCCCACUGUGCUGGAAGAACAACGAGUGGAUUGGACUGACUCUAGUGUGCUCCAUUCAAGCAAUCCUAGAAUCCCUCAGAAGCAUCACUGAUUCCCCGCCGACCAAGAAAAUCUCUCCAGCUCCUGCCCUGCCAGAGGGCAGCAAAUCAAGCCGAGCAAGCCCGCCCUCUACUGUCCAGCAGUGCAUGAGGUCGGUGGUCCUGAUCAAGGUCGCCGGGGUGUGGGGAUCGGGCGUGGUGAUCGACGCAGAAAGGGGCAUCAUUCUCACCUGCCGUCAUGUGGUACAGAAAGCAACUAAUCACCAUGUGCGUGUACGGAUAGAUUGGCCCUAUAUAUGCUGGGAAGAUGCCACUGUCGUGCAUACUACCAGUCCCACCUCACCCUUUGACCUUGCUGUUCUCAAACUGGAGGGGGAUUUGGGAGCAUUGAAAGAGGCCCAUGGAAGAGCUGGAAUCGGAACAGCCAGAUCAUACUCUCCAGGUCAGUCGGUCAUUAUCGUAGGCCAUGCCCUACUGUCACCAGAGCUUGACCUCCUUCCCUCUGUGAGUUCAGGGGUCAUGUCAAAGGUCAUCACUGCCAACGGUGCCCCAGUAAUGCUCCAAUCGACUUGUGCAGUGCAUGCUGGGGCAAGCGGGGGCGCCAUUUUUUGUAAUGGGACUGGACAACUUCUGGGUAUUGUGACCAGUAAUGCCAGAGAUAUGGACACGGGGGCCUCCUUCCCGCAUAUAAACUUCAGUGUUCCGUGGACUUUCAUCGGUCCUAUCCUGAAUGAGUAUCAACAAACUGAAGAUGUGAGUGGGCUAUACAGGCUGGAUGCUGACGAUGACCAACUUACGGCGUUAUGGAACCUGGACAGCCAAGGGAUUGCUCAGGGAAAAACAGCGCCUCAGACAUUAAGCAAGCUAUGACGAAGGCCACAGAGAAAUUGGUGCAACCAAAUUUAUUAUCAAAUUGCAUGUGACCCAACACAAAUGAAUCACAUGUUGCUAUACAGGGUGAGUAAAAAAAAA